AUGAUGGAAGUGAAUCAGCCUGGCAAGCUUUUCAUUGGUGGGCUAAGCAGAGAAGCCAAUGAAAAGACGCUUAAAGCAGUAUUUGGGAAACAUGGUCCCUUGUCGGAAGUUGUUUGGAAGAAAGAUCGAAAAAACAAGUGUAGAGGCUUUGCAUUUAUUACUUUUGAGAACCCUGCAGAUGCUAAGAAUGCUGCCAAAGAUAUGAAUGGAAAGUUUUUAUAUGGAAAAGCGAUAAAAGUAGAACAAGCCAACAAACCAUCCUUUCAAAGUGGUGGUACGCGGAGGAUAUCACCUCCUUCAAGACACAGAAGCCCUUUGGGAAGUCUGAAAUCUAUAAGAAAUAGUAGUGGAGGAACAAGAGGGCGGCAUCAUUCACGUGGAAGACACUUGGGUGAUGGCGGAUACACUCUUGAUCUCCACAUGAGUUCUUCUAGGGGAACGUUUGGAGUUAAAAGAGGUCCAUCUUCAAGAAUUGGAAGUCCUCCUCCUAAAAAAUCUGCUCCUUCAACUGUGGCAAGAAGCAAUGGUGGGAUGGGAGGUCAAGGUCGCAUGUCACGUGGAAGAGAGAGCUACGCAGGUCCUUUACGCAGAGAGCCAUUCUCCUGGAGAAACGACAGUACGUCACCAAGAGAUGAUGCUUAUGCAACUAAGGAUAGAAAUCAUCCAAGUUUUCGAGACACCAGGUGUUAUUCUCCACCACGUAAAGACUAUGCAUGGUGUGAUUAUGGUCGUUCUCGCCGUGAUGAACAUUCCUCUAGAGGAUACGGUGAACAUGAUGGCCGUGAUAGAGAUGAUUCAGGACAUCCAAGUAGAUGUUCUUACAGAGAUGCAUAUCAGAGUUAUUAUAAGAGUCCAGGGACCUCUCGUGGUGCAGCACCUGCACCAGCUCCUCGGAUGACUUUUGGUGGAAGCAGUCGCCAUGAUUAUAACAAUACACGAGAUAGAUAUGACAGAAGUCGGGAGAGUUACUCAAGGAGCCGUGGUGAUUUCUAUUCCAGUGGUCGUGAGCACAGUGGCAGAAAAGAACGAACAUAUCCACCUUCUGUGGAUAGGGUCCAUGGGCAUCCCCUGCUGACAAUCCUUUGCCACACCUACGUUGACCCAGGGUUCCUGGGAAGCCUCGCCAGGCCCACAGCCCACCGCACUGACUGUGGGACCCUGUGCCACAGCACGUUGGCCACCUAUGGUUCCGAAGCCAGAUGCAUGCGCCGUGAAGGCCCCGUGACCCAGAGGCUGUUUGUCCUACUCUAA